AUGGCACCAGAAAACCAAACAACAGUCUUGGAAUUCCAUCUCAUGGGACUCUCAGAGGAUCCGGACCUGCAGCCCGUCCUCUUUGGCCUGUUCCUGUCCAUGUAUCUGGUCACUGUCUUUGGAAACCUGCUCAUCAUCUUAGCCAUCAUAUCAGACUCUCGCCUGCACACACCCAUGUACUUCUUCCUUUGCAACCUGUCCCUGGUUGACAUCUUUUUCUGCUCCACUACUGUCCCCAAGAUGCUAGUAAACAUCCAGACCCAGAGCAGAGCUAUCCCUUUCAUAGGCUGUCUUGUCCAAAUGUAUGCCUUUCACCUCUUUGGGACUAUAGACAGCUUCAUCCUGGCAGUGAUGGCCAUUGACAGGCUGGUGGCCAUUGCCUACCCACUCCGCUACUCAGUGCUCAUGAACCCACGUGUCUGUGCACUACUAGUGAGUGGAACAUGGGUUAUUACUAAUCUCCAGUCCUUGGUUCAUACUUGUCUCAUGGCCCGACUGACCUUCUGUGCAGGGUCAGAAAUCCCUCACUUCUUCUGUGACCUUAUGCCCCUCCUGAAACUCUCCUGCUCAGACACACACACCAAUGAGCUAGUGAUCUUUGCUUUUGGCAUUGUCAUGGGCUUCAGCCCACUGUCCUGCAUCCUAGUCUCCUACAUCUGCAUCUUCAGGGCAGUCUUCCGGAUCCCUUCUGCUCAGGGCAAGUGGAAAGCCUUCUCUACUUGUGGUUCCCACCUCACUGUGGUGUCACUGUUCUACGGGACCAUCUUUACUGGGUACUUACUGCCAGCAUCCCCUAGCUCCUCCCAGAAAGACAAGGCAGCUGCGUUAAUGUUUGGGGUGGUUAUUCCUACACUGAACCCCUUUAUCUACAGCCUAAGGAACAAGGACAUGAAGGCAGCCCUGAGGAAGCUUGGAAGCAAAGCAGUCUCAUUCCAGGCCUAG